GAGAUUCGGGUUAUUUCGAAGAAGAGAAAUCGGCGUCGGACCCCAUUUUUGGAAAUGAAUUAAUCAAUUUGAUUCGUGUUCAACAUUUGUAAACUUUUUUCAACAUUUGCAUUUUGGAAUCACUUGACUCGUUCAUAUAAUUUAAACAUAAAACUGAUUGCCAUUUUCCCGCCCUUUCGAUUUGGCAUGCCAUGUUGCCAUUUCCCCCUAUCUAUCCCCCCCAGUCGAGAGAGAAAUGAGAGACGCUGCGCAUGUCCUUGGGAGAGUAAGGCGAAAUCGACAAAUCUAUUUGCUCUGCGUCUCGUCCGAUGGCUCGACAUUUCUCGAUUUGGCCACUCCCACCUCUCCUCCAUUCUCGUUUUGACCACACCCACUUUGGCUCCCCCAUUCACCAAAACGAGUAAAAGCUGCUUCUGUGCUCCUACUACUCAUUCUGAUGCUCUGUUCUCUCUUGUGUGUGUGUGUUUGUCUCGUGUAAUUUUACUCGGGUUCGCAGCUCGAUUGCAUCAGCCUCUUUUUGCUGUGUGUGUGUGUCAGCUUUAAAAAAAAAAUAACGAACUCUGCGAGGAAACUGCGCGCGCUCGACAUCACACAUUGGGAGCCGUUGCGCACACACAGACACGCUCGUAGGAGAUCUCCUUCGCGAAACGAAAAAAAGCCAAGUUGUUAAAUCGCUAUCGUCUCUCGGCCCUCAGUGAAAUUCACAGCGCAGGUUUGUGCGUCUUUUAACCAAACGAAAAAAAUCAAAAGUAGCAGCGUCGUCGUUUGUUUGGGGUUUUUUUAUUUUUCCUCUCAAAAGUGGAACGACGAGACGGUAGAGACGAUGCUGAGCAGCAGCAGCAGCCGCAAGGAGACGGAGGCGAUGGCGACGGCGUCUUGUGCCUUGUUGGAAGCGGACGACGAUAGCGAAAUUGUUUCUACAUCGCCGGGAAACGCUGGCCCUCCUAUCGACGCGGCUCACGUUCCCAAGAAACUAUGGCGCCACUCGUCUAUGGACGUCUGCGCCAACCUCGAAGCCAAGAACGAAUCGAAAGUCUUGGUUCUCUACACGGGGGGAACGAUCGGCAUGAUGAGAAACGAGAAUGGAGCUCUGGUGCCCAUGGCGAAUGCGCUGGAACGAAUGAUCCGAAAGGCCAUCCAUUUGCACGACGAGAAAUACGCGACGGCUCGUUUCGGCGCCGGAAACACCCACAAGGCUCCUUUGGCUCUGCCUUCGCUCGGUCCCGACGCCAAGCGCAUUCUCUACACCAUUUACGAGUACGAGCCGUUAUUGGACUCGUCGAACAUGACAAUGGAUGACUGGAUCAAUAUCGCCAAGGAUCUGAGGCGAUCGUACGAACUCUUUGAUGGUUUCGUCAUCCUCCACGGCACCGACACGCUCUCCUACACGGCUUCGGCGCUGUCUUUCAUGCUGGAGAACCUGGGCAAGACGGUAAUUGUCACCGGUUCGCAGAUUCCCAUUUUCGAAAUCCGAAGCGACGGAAGAGAUAAUUUCCUCGGGGCUUUGAUCGUGGCCGGAAGCUAUUGCAUCCCCGAGGUUUGCGUCUUUUUCAACCACAAACUCUACCGUGGCAACCGGACGGUUAAACGCUCCAACGGUUCCCUUGACGCGUUCGACUCUCCCAAUCUUCCGUCGCUCGCCCACUUUGGCAUUGACGUGCACGUGGAAUACAGAUCUGUUUUUAGACCGGUGACGAUCGAUCGGUUUCGUGUCCAUUCCAUUUUGAAUCGAAAUGUUUGCUUGCUUCGACUCUUUCCCAGUAUCACCAUUCAAACUGUUCGCGCCCUUCUUCAUCCGCCAAUCGAAGGCAUUGUCAUGCAGACAUACGGAUCGGGCAACGUCCCUUCUAAUCGUCUGGAUCUCAUCGAUGAACUGCGUAGGGCUACCCAAAAGGGCGUUUUGAUUAUCAAUACGACGCAGUGCUGCCACGGCGCUGUUCAGGCCAUUUACGAAACUGGGGCAGCGCUGUUGGAAGCUGGAGUCAUCCCCGGUGCCGAUAUGACUCCUGAGGCCGCCCUGACGAAAUUGUCGUACGUUUUGUCGAAAGACGAGUGGGAUCUCGACACAAAGAGGCAAAUGAUGAUGACUAAUUUGAGGGGAGAAUUGACGCUUCCGCAUACGACGCUGGUCAAAGAAAUGGAACUGAUUGAAGCUUUGGCGCGAUCCCUGCACUUGUCUUCCAGUGAAGAAAUGGACCAACUCAAAGAUGUUCUCUUUCCUUCACUCAUUUGUUCCGCUGUCAAGACGGAAGAUUUAUCGAAACUCGAAUCGUUGGAGAAAUACGGUGCUAAUUUGUCUGCGUCUGACAGUGAUGGUAGAACUCCACUUCAUGUGGCGGCUGGUGAAGGCCGAUUGUCGGUUGUAGAGUUCCUGCUGGGCAGAGGAGCAUCCGUCCAUUCGAGGGAUCGAUUAGGAAACACGCCAUUGAUGUCGGCCGUGUCUGGUGAUCAUCAGGAAGUUAUAUCAGUUUUGGUCCAGUGUGGUGCUCACUUGACGAAUGGACCUCACACGAUUGGCGAAAUGCUGUGCAGUUCCGCCGCUAAAGGAAACGUCAAAAGGCUGACCUCGUUGAUGAAAGCUGGAGCUGAUCUGAAUCAACCGGAUGUCAGCAAUCGAACAGCCCUUCAUUUAGCAGUUCACCACAAGCAGGACUCGUGUGUAACGUUUCUGCUGAAGAAUAAAGUGUUGAUCGAUAAGAAAGAUGACUUUGGACUCACGGCAGCAGACGUCGCUCGAAAAUUUAAACAUGAAAAUAUUCUUGAAAUGCUGACGAAUCGCUAAGAGAAAUUGUCUUUUGAAAAUACCAACAGUGUGUAGUACACAACUGCCAUACCGUUAUGCUUCCAAUAAACUUUGUAGUUAUCUAGGUUGGGCUUUUUACUGCUCUUCGAAAAUUGCCUAUUUGGUGUAUGAAAUAUUCACGCUUUAGUGCUAGUCGACGCCAUUACAAAAUCAUUUACAUGGAUGUAUAUUUAAUACCAGAGGGUUAAUAAUGCUAAACAAAUUGCUGUGUAAACUAACUUGUAUUGUCUAUUCCCGUUUGGUUUGAGUUGUUGGCAACAACACCGUUUAAAAACCUUAAUAAAAUUUAAAAUUCUUCAGGUUCAA